UUUCGGCUGAUUACAUUCGUCUGGGGAGAUGAUUUGGACAAAAAGGAGAAUAUCAAUUACUUUAAAAAAGAACUAGGAGUUGAUGGUUUAAUUUAUGAUAGGAUCGGCGAAGAUGAGCGGCGAAGAAAUGUAUUUAUUGUUGAACGUGAACAAAAGCGAGCUCUCUUCAAGAUUAGUUCAGGGACUAAUACACCUCAGAGAACCAUAUCUCCUCUGGGGUCAAACAGCUCGCGAUCGUCUCUGGAUGAUGCUUCUUUGAUACACGACCAUGAACAUGAGGCUUUGAAAAAUUAUAAGGAGAUCCCUGAAAUCUCCAAUGACGUCGCUUUGAAUCGCAUCGAUGUCUCACCCAAAGUGCAGGUCACUCGCUCAUAG